AUGCCCCUGCUGCCCAGCGCUGUGGGCCUGGCAGGCCUGCUCCUCUGGGCAGGCCAGACAGCGGAUGCCUCAAUGGUGCCCAAUGCCACCUUAUCCCUGGGCCGACCUGAGGGCAUGGCUGUGCAAUCCCUGAGUGGCCUUGGGGUGCCCCGGUACCGCAGGAAACGCCAUCUCUCUGCCCGGGACAUGAGUGCCUUAUUGGAUUAUCACAACCACAUCCGGGCCAGCGUGCACCCACCUGCCGCCAACAUGGAGUACAUGGUGUGGGAUGAGCGACUGGCCAGUUCUGCCAAGGCCUGGGCCACCCAGUGCACCUGGGCCCAUGGGCCCUCACCGCUGAUGCGCUAUGUGGGCCAGAACCUCUCCAUCCAUUCUGGCAGGUACCGCUCGGUGGUGGAUCUCGUGAAGUCUUGGUCGGAGGAGAAGCAGCAUUUCUUGUUUCCAUCCCCAAAGGACUGUACCCCGCAUUGCCCCUGGCACUGCAGUGGCCCUGUCUGCUCCCACUACACCCAGAUGGUGUGGGCAUCCUCCAGUCGGCUGGGCUGCGCCAUCCAUACCUGUGCCAGCAUCAGUGUCUGGGGCAGCACCUGGCAUCAGGCGGURUACCUGGUCUGCAACUACGCCAUUAAGGGUAACUGGAUCGGUGAGGCUCCGUACAAGACGGGGAAGCCAUGCUCCGCCUGUCCCCCCAGUUACCAAGGCAGCUGCAAUAGCAACAUGUGCUUCUCUGGGCUCAAAUCCAACAGGCUCCUGUGGACCUGA